UAAUUAUAAAUGAUCACCCGCUCAAAAUAUAACCUAAAAAUAUUUUCAAAAUGCUAAAAUUCUAAUAAUGUUAUUGUUGAUCAGUAACGUGAAAUAAAAAACAUAAAAUUAUGUAAAUAGUAGACCUAGUACAUAUAUGCAAAAUGUUACACGAAAUUUUACUGUCGUUAUGGGGUUGUACGUCGAGCGUUGCAGAAAUCAUUGAAACAGACCCCUUGAGAUUUGAUAAUUAUCUUCAUCCUGGUGAAAAAGUUUUAAUUACCAAGAUUUUGGCGAUUGUUAAAGACUACAAUAAUAUAAGAAAAUUCAUAAAGAAAAAAAGUUCUACUAUUGAUCCCAGAUAUCCAAACAAUGGAUUAUACUUAGCAGCAUUGUGUGAUGGUAUGAAUAAUGCUUUGGAACCAUUUAGAGAAGAAGUUAUAGCUAUGGAAAGAACAGUUUUGAAUGAUGGAUAUACACCAGUAUCAAUGAUCUUGUGCCGCGUUCAAAAGUAUCUUUCACUAUUUUCAAUACUCAACAGUAUUAUUCGAGAAAUUGAAUCAGAAAAUUUAUUUGGCUGUCGGAUUUUGCAAUGUUUACAUCAUUAUAAUAACACUGGUGUUUCCCAAGUGAGAGAAGCUCUUCAAAAGAUGACUCACUGUGUUCAUGUUGUUUUCUAUAAACAUUUAACAAGCUGGCUUUUGUAUGGUCAUUUAGAAGAUGUACACAAAGAAUUUUUUAUUCAAAAGACUGAAAAAAGUAAUGAUCUAAUUAUUGGUGAUGAUAAAGAUAAGGAUGUAAAUAUAGAAAAAGAUAUUAAAAAAUUAUCAAGUGAAAUGUGGGAUUAUGAUAUUAAUGUGAAUGUUUUACCUUAUUACAUAAAGCUAUCAUUAGCUAAUAAAAUUUUAACAAUAGGUCAAACUAUAAUAAUGUUUGGCAAUGAUCCUCGUCAGAAAAAAGACUUGAAAACCUUGACAACAAAUGCAGAGAAUUUGAUAUGGGGAGAAAAAGAGUAUGAAUACUUCAAGAAGCUUCAUUUAUUACAAGCAAGACCAAUUUUUGCACUAGUUGAAUUUGAAAGGAUGGUUGAUAAAUUGAAACAAUGUGUAACUCAACAUUUGUGGCAUGUUGCUGUUGAAGAAGCACAACUUAUGAGUCGGUUUAAACUUAUCAAAGACUUUUAUUUGAUGGGACGUGGAGAUAUGUUUUUGGAAUUUAUCAAACUAGCUACGCAUAUUCUUGAGAAAACUUCAACAAACCAUACAUCGCGUGACGUGAAUUUAGCUUUUCAAAUGGCCAUGAGAAGAACUUCUACUGAAGAAAUUGCCUUAGAGAGUUUUACUUUUACUGUACCUAUAUUAGAAACAACUAAAGAUGAGAGAGACAAUCUAGCGGAAAUAACCGAGCAAACCACUGGUGGUAGUGCUGAAAUUUCAGAAAAAGAAAGAGAAGAUCCUAUAGAUAAAAAAGGAUGGGGAUUGAUUAACUUGAAAUACAAAGUUAUGUGGCCUUUACAUUUAAUUUUCAAUCCAACAACUAUGGGCCAUUACAAUAAUUUAUUUAGGUUUUUGCUAAGAGUAAAGAAAACCCAAAUUAACUUGUGGAAUUUAUGGAGAGAUCACAUGAAUUCUAAAAAUAUAGAUAGUGAUGUAAUGCAGCUAAGAAAUAAUCUCAUUUUCAUCAUUGAUAAUUUACAGUAUUAUUUGCAAGUUGAUGUUAUAGAAAGUCAAUAUGCAAUAAUGGAAAACGGUAUGAAAAGUACCCGAAAUUUUGAAGAAGUACAAAGAGCACAUACAAUGUUUUUGAAAAAUAUUAUGUCACGAACUUUUUUAACAUUGGGAGAUAGUACCAAGAAAAAAAACCCUGUAAGUAAGCUAAUUCGAUUAUUAUUACGGCUAUGCGACGACUUUAUUCGUAAUGCGUCAGUUUGGGAAAUAGAUAAUUUACUCGAAACGGAAAAACAAGAGUUAAAAUCAUUGAAUGAUGUAUUAGAUGGAUUAAUGAGUUGGUUGACAAAGACAUUAAAUAGAGUUCGUGCUCAACCAAGUGGAGAACAUUUGGCACAACUAUUGCUAAGACUUGAUUUCAACAGAUGGUUUAGCAGUAAACAGCUAUAAAUGAAUCUUAGCUGCAAUGUAGCAAAUCAUAAAAUCUAUUUACACCACCUUAAUUAUAAAUAAAUACUCUACAGUAUAUAUAAUUAUUAAGAAAUAUAAAUUUAUCUUCAAUAAAGUAAGAAAUCAGAUUUCAAUCACUCUCAUCACCAUA